UUCACGGCGCCCUUCAACCAGGACAUUCAGCACAUUCAGAUCAUCCGCGACUCGAAGCCCAACCAGUACAUGGUGCUGCUCAAGUUCCACAGCCAGCGAAGCGCCGACGAGUUCUACAACUCGCUGAACGGCACCGCCUACAACAGCAUCGAGCCGGAGCUCUGCCACCUCGCCUUUGUCGCCCACGUCGAGGUGAUGGAGGAGGAGGGAGGAUCGAAAAAGGGCGGUGGGGGCGGUGCCGCCCAGCUGCCCAUCACCGGCUUCACCGAGCUGCCCACCUGCACCGUGUGUCUGGAGCGGAUGGACGAGUCAGUGCAGGGCAUCCUCACCAUCCUCUGCAACCACUCCUUCCACAGCCGCUGCCUGGACCAGUGGCACGACUGCAGCUGCCCCGUCUGCCGGUACUUCGCCACGCCGGAGCUGCUGCCCGACAGCCGCUGCUCCGUCUGCGGCUCGCAGUCGACGCCCCAGGACACGCUGUGGAUCUGCCUCAUUUGCGGGCACAUCGGCUGCGGCCGGUACGUGGGCGGGCACGCGCGGGAGCACUACCGGGCGUCGCAGCACACCUACGUCAUGCAGCUAGGGGACAACCACCGCGUGUGGGACUACGCGGGCGAGGGCUACGUCCACCGGCUGCUGCAGAGCAGCAAGGACGGCGAGCCGGUGGAGCACAAGGGCCACGGGCCGCCCAAUGCCGGCAAUCCAAACGCCGAGGAGAAGAUCGACGCCGUCCAGCUGGAGUACACCUACCUGCUGACGAAUCAGCUGGAGACGCAGCGGCGCUACUACGAGGAGAUGAUGGCGCUCGCCGGCAAGGAGGCCGCACUUCAAAACGAGGCCCUCACAGAGGCCAACCGCCACCUCACGGAGGAAAACCGCCGCCUCGCCGACCGCCUCGAGGCGGCCCGGAAGGAGCGCCAGGCGCUGGAGAAGAAGGUGGCCGCAGUGGGCGUGAAGCUGGCGAAGACGGCGGCCGGCCUCGGCGAGGAGCAGGCGCUGAACAAGUCGCUGCGCGCCAACCAGGAGGAGUGGGCGCGCCGGCUGGCCGACAUUGAGCGCAGCAACGGGGAGAAGGAGCGGCAGAUUGGCGAGCUGCAGGAGCAGCUCCGAGAUGUCCUCUUCUUCCUCGAGGCGAAGGACAAGCUGCAGACGGUGACGGAGGUGUCCAAGGAGGAGCUCCAGG